AUGAUAGCGAGGACGACAUGUCUCUAUCGGAAGCGGUUCCGCACAAGACUAGAGUCGAACUGCAAGAAGAUUUCGAUCAAAGUCUGAGCAAAUUCUUGGACUCCGGGAUGAAGUUUCUGUUGGAGACGAGAAAUGUGUUCAACGAAGAGCUCAACGAUUCCAAGAGUGAUAGUGAGGCGAAAGACGUGUGGAUUGCGUACAGCAAGUCAUGGGGUCGAGUGUUUGACUCUCUGGUCAACGAUAUUAGGCCAAAGAUAAUGACUUCGGGUGCGGGAGAUUCGCUCGGAUCUGAUGUAUCGUUUGACUGUCUGCUGGCACUCAUGGCUACCGUUUCGGGUCUUAAACAGCAAAAAGAUUGGGCCGUAAAAUUGUAUGACUCUUCGGGCCGACCAUUCAGUGAGGGUAGUCUUGACGGCACGAUCACAAACCUGGGCGCCUACGACCAGUGCCUGUCCAUCGAUUCGGACACAACACUGACUGAACUAGUGUCGGUAAAG